CGCCGCCUCCGCCGCCGCGGCGGGUAGGUGACGCCGCGCCGCCAUGCGCUUCACGGUGGAGACUCUCCGCGAGGCCGUGGGCUACAUGGUGGAGUCGCAGGGCUUCGACCGGGUGCUCCGCAAGAUGAAACUUCUUUCUGCAACUCCUGGGAAAGUUGUUUGUGAAUUGAAAGUAGAGGAGGAGCAUACAAACAGAGGUGGCACAUUACACGGAGGUUUGACAGCCACACUUGUGGAUGUGGUGUCAACAGCAGCAUUGCUGUACACAGAAAGAGCAGUGCCUGGAGUCAGCGUGGACAUGAACAUCACAUACACAGCUGCUGCUAAGAUUGGAGAAGAGGUAUUGAUUACAGCCCAGAUUUUGAAGCAAGGAAAAAAUAUUGCAUUUGCCAGCGUGGAUUUAACAAACAAGGCAACAGGAAAGUUAAUAGCACAAGGCAGACAUACAAAGUAUCUUGGAAAUUAGUAUAAGGAGGUAAUUUAAAAAAUAAUAAUGUUGGGCUUAAGAAUCCCAACAUGGAAUGAUUUUCUCAUUUAUGCACUAAGAUGGAUCAUUUGCACAAAAUGUUGAUAACGUAAUGAACAAAUGUCUGUAUUACCAUCAAAAUUGCUAUAAGCCUAAAACUAGUGUCUACUUUGGAAGGAAUAACAGAACGAGAGCAUGAAGAUGCAUUUAUUUUUUGUUCAAGAUGACAGAAAGGUCCAGCAAACAGCUUACCAGCAUACCAGUGUUAGCUUGGUUUUCUUUUACCUGUGGUAUACAUGGUGUGACUAAGCAUCUCUCUCUCCAGGUUUGUCACAAUCACAAACAUUGUAUUUGCAUAUAAAGUACUUGCUCUUUAAGAUGGUAGUAAAGAGUUUUUACAGACAUUGUUUGAAACAGUAUUUUGAGAGUGCAAAGUAAGCUAAAUACAAAGGGUAAUUUACUGAUGCUGUAACAGAUUCAUAACUAUUCAAUAAAAUUUUCUGAAACUCUUUUUAAA